CACAAAGAACAAAUAAUCCCCCCAUCGUUCUCAACUCCCUCCUUGCUCUACUACUAUUCAGGGACUCACCUGUCACUACCAUCUCUCUCUCUCUCUCUCCAUUUCUCUACUCUGCAACUCAUCACUUUGUCUUAAAGAAGAAGAAACGAAGAAAGAAUUCAUUUCCCUUUCUCUCCAGUUUCUCUCUCACACAGUCACACACUCAUAUAUAGUCCAAAUUUGGUGCUGAACUUUCUCUCUCUACUCUUCAUCAUCAUCUGAAACUUCUUCCACACUUUGGGCAAAAACUUGCAUUUGUUGUGAAAGCGUGAAGCUCAAUUUUUUUUAAAAAAUGGAACAAUGUUCUUCGCUUUUUAGUCAUCACACCAUGUGAUACACUGACAAAUUCCUUCCCCCCCCCCCUCUGCUUCUCCACUUUUAUUUUCACUCACAUUCUCUCUCACACAGUCACGCACUAGACUGAGUCACUGCGGUAUUAUUUUUUUUUUAAAAAGGAUUUCGGAUUGGUUUCGGUGAGCAAUGGCGGCGUCUUCAUCCAGAGGACGAAGCAGCUCACCAUUUCACUACCGGAAGCAAUCGAGCCCCUACUCAUCCACCUCCUCCACGUCGUCUUUAAUGAACGGUAAGCUUAUGCCCCGCUCCUGCUCAUCCUCCGCGGCUUCAUUCUACGGCUCGGGUAAUGGAUACGGCUCCAGAUCCAUGACGCCGAACCGGAGCAGGAGCGAUUCGGGGGGGUACCCGCGAGGUUAUCAUAAUAAUAAUAAUCGUUCGCCGGUUGAUUUUCCUUCAGUUGAUGAGCUUAUGGGGGAGCCUGUCGAUACAUCGAGAUCGGGGGAUAGUAUUUCGGUCACGAUUCGGUUUCGGCCGUUGAGUGACCGGGAGUAUCAGAGAGGGGAUGAGAUUGCUUGGUAUCCUGAUGGCGAUAAAAUUGUGCGGAAUGAGUACAAUCCUAUGACAGCUUAUGCAUUUGACAAAGUGUUUGGAGAGAAUACAACCACUCAGGAGGUGUAUGAAGUUGCUGCUCGACCAGUAGUUAAGGCUGCAAUGGAAGGGAUAAAUGGAACUGUCUUUGCUUAUGGUGUUACUAGUAGUGGAAAGACGCAUACUAUGCACGGCGACCAUAGUUCUCCCGGUAUCAUACCAUUAGCAAUAAAGGAUGUUUUCAGCAUCAUUCAGGAUACCCCAGGCCGUGAAUUCUUGCUUCGAGUUUCGUAUCUUGAAAUAUAUAACGAGGUAAUCAAUGACUUGCUGGAUCCAACUGGUCAAAAUUUACGAGUGAGAGAAGAUGCGCAGGGAACUUAUGUUGAAGGGAUAAAGGAAGAAGUAGUCUUGUCUCCUGGACAUGCUCUCUCAUUUAUUGCUGCUGGGGAAGAGCAUCGGCAUGUUGGUUCAAACAACUUUAACUUAUUCAGCAGCCGUAGUCACACAAUAUUUACUUUGAUGAUUGAAAGUAGUGCCCAUGGAGAUGAAUAUGACGGUGUUAUAUUCUCACAACUUAAUUUAAUUGAUUUAGCCGGUUCUGAGAGCUCGAAAACUGAAACUACUGGGCUGAGGCGAAAAGAAGGAUCAUACAUUAAUAAAAGUCUCCUUACUCUUGGAACUGUGAUCGGAAAAUUGAGUGAGGGGAAAGCAUCUCAUGUUCCAUAUAGAGAUUCUAAACUCACCCGUUUACUGCAAUCCUCUUUGAGUGGCCAUGGACAUGUUUCUCUUAUAUGUACAGUGACUCCUGCAUCAAGUAACAUGGAGGAAACUCAUAAUACUUUGAAGUUCGCCAGCAGAGCAAAAUGUGUAGAAAUUUUUGCAUCGCGAAAUAAGAUUAUCGAUGAAAAAUCCUUAAUUAAGAAAUAUCAAAAAGAAAUAUCAUGUCUAAAGGAGGAACUUGAUCAGCUCAGAAGGGGCAUGCUUCUGGGUGUAAGUCAUGAAGAGAUUCUGACCUUAAAACAAAAGUUGGAGGAAGGUCAAGUUAAAAUGCAAUCAAGAUUGGAGGAAGAGGAAGAAGCUAAAGCAGCUCUCAUGAGCAGAAUCCAGAGGCUAACAAAACUAAUACUUGUUUCCUCUAAAAACACAAUUCCUGGCUACUUGAGUGAUACAUCCCGGGCUCAAUCUGUUUGUGACGAUGAUAAUCUGGAUGUUUUGCUCAUAAAUGGGGAGAAUCAGAAAGAUUCCUUGUCAUCCAGCAAGUGGAAUGAUGAUAUCUCGCAAGCUGGCAGUACUAUAACUGAAUCUACUCAUGCGGGUGAACUUGUCAAUGGUUCUUCCUAUAAUUCAAAACUGCCCACAAAUGGAAUAUCAAUGUCAGAUCAGAUGGACCUUCUUGUUGAGCAAGUCAAGAUGUUGGCAGGCGAGAUUGCGUUCAGCACUAGCACGUUGAAGCGUUUAGUUGAACAGUCCGUAAAUGAUCCUGAGAGCUCAAGAGAUCAAAUCCAGAGCUUGGAGCGCGAAAUUCUGGAAAAGCGAAAGCAAAUGCGAAUUUUAGAACAGCGCAUAGUGGAGAGUGGUGAAGCAUCAAUUGCUAAUGCAUCUCUUCUUGAGAUGCAACAGACUCUGACAAAAUUGAUGGCCCAGUGUAGCGAAACAGGAUUUGAGCUUGAGAUCAAAACGGCAGAUAAUCGUAUACUGCAGGAACAGUUGCAGAACAAGUGUGCAGAAAACAAGGAACUACUAGAGAAAAUUGCUCAGAUGGAGCAGCAGUUAGCAUCAGCAACCAGUGACAAAUUAUCACCCUCUUCUGAACAACAUACAUCAGAUGAGUAUGAUGACGAGUUGAGGAAGAAAGUUCAGAUUCAGGAGAUUGAAAAUGAAAAACUGAAGCUGGAACAUGUUCAGUUUCUGGAGGAGAACAGUGGAUUGCGAGUGCAGAACCAGAAACUGUCAGAGGAAGCUUCUUACGCAAAGGAAUUGGCCUCUGCGGCUGCGGUGGAGCUGAAAAAUUUAGCCGGCGAAGUCACAAAGCUUUCAUUACAGAAUGCCAAACUCGAGAAGGAAUUAGUGGCCGCUCGAGAAUUGUUGAAUUCCAGAAAUUCAAAUAUGCAUUCUGGAAGUGGACUCAACCGCAAAAACAGUGAUGCUAAUAGGGCUGGACGCAGAAGCCGUGUAUCUAAUCGAGUAAAUGAAGGUUCGGGAUUGGUCCAUGAUGACUUCGACGCGUGGAACCUGGACCAGGAGGACCUCAAAAUGGAGUUGCAAGCAAGGAAGCAACGAGAAGCUGCUCUAGAGGCUGCUUUGGCUGAGAAGGAAGUUCUAGAAGAUCAAUACAGGAAAAGGGCAGAAGAGGCAAAGAAAAGGGAGGCAGCCCUGGAAAAUGAUUUAGCUAACAUGUGGGUUCUUGUUGCUCAGUUGAAGAAAGAAGGAGGUGCUACGCAAGAACUUAAGAAUAAUGAUAGGCAGAAUGAUGGUGGGGACCACCACCAAAAUGGUUCCAACAUAGACAAUUAUAUACACAAAGAUUCGAUUCCUAAAGAUGAGCAACCUUUAGAAUCAUCCAAGUAUCCUAUUGAUAAUCACCACGAAGAACCUCUUGUUGCACGCCUUAAGGCUCGAAUGCAAGAGAUGAAGGAAAAAGAACUCAGGUACAUGGGAAAUGGGGACGCAAAUUCUCAUUUCUGUAAAAUUUGUUUUGAAUCACCUACAGCAGCGAUGCUGCUUCCUUGCCGUCAUUUUUGUUUAUGUAAAUCUUGUUCCCUUGCUUGUUCGGAAUGCCCAAUGUGCCGAACUAAGAUUGCCGAUAGGAUAUAUGCCUUCACAUAACAGUGGACUUCACUGAAAGGCUUUGGUCAUCUUUCAUCCAUUUAUUAUCCUGGUGUGGCGGGUAACAUUCUUUCAAUAGUUAAACUGUAUGUAACUCUUCGCUGAAGCGGUUUUUGUCCGUAUUUCCUUCACAUGGGACUGUAAAUUAAAGGCGCCCAUUAAAGAGAACUUGAGAAGCCAUUUCUUUUUGUGGUGGAAAAGGAAAACACAGAAUGGAGAUACUGAGAUAGGAUAGAGAGAGGUACAAAGGAAAGGCAGAUUCUGUUAGCUGCUGCUAACACUUUUCAAAGCAUGAAGCUAUAUGCUUUGGUCUUUACUUUCUGUCCUAUGAACUCGAUUUGUAAUGUACAGAAGAAACUGUUGUUACCAUGAUCAAUGUGAAUCCAAGUUUCUAUAAAAUCAUGACACCAUGAUUUCUCU